AUGGAUCAAGGACGAGGAGGCAUUGGAGCUAAACCAAAAAGGCAAAAUGCAUUCGCACAAGCCAAGAAACAAGGUCAAGCAAAACAGAAAAAAGAACCUCUUCGAACGAUCGAACCUAGCAACGAGAGUAUUUUUCGAGAGAUAUUUGGUCCUCAUACAAUAUUAAAAGAUUGGAGUGUGGUAUUAGGGAUUAUUGGUGAUGUUCUUGAGCAAGUGAAAGACUAUUGUUGGGCAAUUGUUUUUGCCCGACUUAUGCAAGCUAUAUAUAAUCAAGGACUCCCUACCACUCUACAGCAUGAGUUUUCAUUUCUGGAACUUGUCGAUCAUAUUAAGCCUAAAGAAUUUGAAAACUUUGCUCUAGCCAAUUUGAAAAUUGCAUUUGAUCACAUUGCCAGCCAUGGGAUAAUGAAGAAGCCAGUUAAAAGAGGUAACGAAAGGGCAAGCUCAAAAGGAUUAAGGAUAAAAAAAACCUUUCAUCUUUAUGAAGAUGUUGAUUCAACAUUUAUCCGAGAGGAGUUAGAUAAAUAUCCUGUUGGAUUAACUCUGACGCCGACUGUAGAAUUUGCAUAUAUUGGGAAGAAAAUCUACAAUUUACCAAAGAAAGUGGUAACACCCAGCAGUACUCUCCACUGUAUACUGCUAAUAGGAUAUGGAGUGACCGAACAAGGGAAGCUAUUCUUCAUCGGUCAAAACUCGUGGGGAACAGAUUGGGGAUGUAGAGGCUACGUAAGAAUCAUCAUCGAUGAGUUAUGUGACAUCAUUUCCCUCAAAUAG